CAAUUGACAUUGGACGAUUGAUCUUUUUAAAGGUGCCCAAUUUGCGGUGAAUUGUAAGAAUAUAAUAUAUUAAGACUUCUUUCGUUUGACUCACGUGUCAAAACAAAUCGCAGAAAUGCGUAUCGAAACGUGUUAUUUCUGCUCCUCCAGGAUAUAUCCGGGACACGGCAUCCAAUUUGUACGAAAUGAUUGCAAAAUUUUCAAAUUCUGCCGCUCAAAGUGCCAUGCGGCGUUUAAAAAGAAAAAGAACCCGCGCAAAGUUAAAUGGACCAAGGCGUACCGCAAAACCGUGGGCAAGGAGCUCGCCAUCGAUCCCUCUUUCGAAUUCGAAAAAAGAAGGAAUGUUCCCGUCAAAUAUAACCGGGAAACGUUCACCAAGGCCGUCGAAGCGAUGAAAAAGGUCGAGGCGAUCAAACAAAAACGGCAAGGCACCUACAUACUGCAAAGGCUGCGUAAGGGUAGGGAAUUGGAGCAAGAGCGCGACGUCAAAGAGGUGAAACGCGAUUUGGCACUGAUCAAGUCGCCGGCCGCGGGCUUGAAACAGAGAAAGGAAGCAGAGAAGGCGUCGGAAGACGUCAGGCAGAGUGAUGACGAAUCUAUGGAGGGCGUGAUUGAAGAUGGAGGCGAGGUUACAUUAUAAAUGUGUAUA